AUGUCCAAGGUGAUCAUCCUUCUGGGUGAGGCGGCCGGACCCCUGGAGCUCACGCGCUUGGGGUUGUGCAGUCGUGGGUUGGCUCGUCAGGUCUUCGAGCCCAGCUUCUCGUCCCGGCUCUGCCGGCAGUUGUCCGUGCAGGAUGUGGACCUCGACCUGGAGAUGCUCUCGGUCUGCCUGGCGCUCCGGAAGUGGAAAUGCCGCGGAGGUCCCAUCGGCGGCUCGGCGAUCCGCCCCAUCCGCUGGGAGCGAGAGAUGGGGAGUGAUGAGACCCCUGAGCGGAUGGCGAUGGCGUAG